GUCUUAGACAGAUUGGGGCAAAAAUUCUGACCGUUUCACAUAUACGCAACAUGGAAGAGAAGACUGUUCCUCCUGCAAUCGUGCCUGCGGUUGACCGAUCGUGAUAUGGUGUCAAACGCACCUGAGGUACGCUCCGAGGGCUUCCCUCAUGCGACGAAAACAAAACUCGACAUUGUUAUUAUUGGAGCAUCACUGGGAGGUCUUGCGACCGCUCUUGCCCUCAAGCGUCUUCCAACGACACAUGCCCAUACGCUCACCCUACUGGAGCGCAGCCCCAACCCGGUCCUCGACAACCAGGGAGCUGGCAUUGUUGCAGGAGGAGACACGCUCGCAUUCUUCAAGAGAUAUGACAGAUGUGACCGCGAACUCGCCGUGUCCAGCGUGCGCAGGCAGUACCUGGACAAAAAUGGCGAGAUCGUGCACAAAGAGGACAUGAAGCAAAAUAUGACGAGCUGGGACCUGGCGUACUAUGUGCUCCGCGCGAAUGUCGAUGGCUUGAAGAGCAGGUAUUGCGAGGUGCCAAACACCGUCGACGGCAGUGCCGAAGUCAAGCACUUGCAUGGGUACAAAGUCACAGGCUUGUGGGAACAGGAGGAGAAAGGGGGCAAACUUGUUGUCCAAUACGAAACCAGCGACAACAAGAAGGGCUCUGUCGAAGCAGACCUCGUCAUCGGCGCCGACGGCCCCAGCUCCACGAUUCGCUCUAUCUUUGCUCCCGACGUGGAGAGGAAAUACGCCGGAUAUGUCGCUCUUCGUGGAACCGUCCGCGAAGAUCGCGUGAGUUCAAGGACCCUGGAGGCGUUCAGUGGGCGCUUCACAUUCUUCCAUUGCCCCGGUAUCCAGAUCCUAGCGUACCUCAUCCCUGGCGAGAACGGAACCCUGGAGCCUGGGAAACGAUUCAUCAAUUUCGUGUACUACAAGAACACCAAGCCUCAGAGCCUGGCAGACAAGUCAGCCGAGUUCCGCGAACUCAUGACUGAUGUGAACGGCAAAUACCACCGCUUCAUGCUGCCACCGGGCAAAAUCAGUCCCAAGGCAUGGGAGAAGCAGUGCGAUAUUGCACGCGAAAUGCUUCCGCCUCAGUUCGCAGAGCUUGUCUGCUCAACAGACAAACCCUUCGUACAGGCUGUAACCGACAUCAUAUCGCCGACCAACGAAUUCCUCGACGGGCGUGUCAUCUUGAUUGGUGAUGCACUUGCGGGCUUCCGUCCACAUACCGCUGCCAGUACGAGCCAAGCUUGCUUUGAUGCCAUGAUCCUUGCGGACAUGAUUGAGGGCAAAGUCGAAAGACUCGACUGGAAGAGGCAGACGUUGGGUUUUGCCAGGACAAUUCAGGCUCGAGGCGUAAGUAUGGGGGAGAGAAGUCAGCACGAAGACUUGCCCCUGAGCGAGCACAUCCAGGAUCGAAACCUUGCGAGCAGACCGAGGCAGGAUGAUAUCUGGCCUCACUGGGCAAUCGCGGAUCUUGAUUGAUGAGUUUACGAUGAAAUGAAUCCGGAUGCUGUUUUGAUUGGCGAGCAUAGAUUCUUGCGGUGUAUAUAACCUAUCGGACCCGAGGAUCAGGAAGGUCGGCCUUUUUGUAUUGCUGCGGGGCUGCGACAUAGAUAAAGGUUGUUGUAAUGGUC